AAAGAAAAAGCAUUGACACAAUCACAUGGCCUUUCUCAUUAUCAAUACUGAAUAUGAUUCCAUGUGAAUUAAACAAAAUAAAUCUGUUAUUACUGGUCUAUUAAACAGAGAGAUAACAUAGACCCUGGAGCAGCAGGAGAUCAAGACCUACAGCAGGAAAAGAGUGAAAGUAAAGAAAUGGAGCAUCUAUUUCACAGACUUCAUCUUCACAGGAACAACAAACUGAGAGCUGCAGAUGUUCUUCAGAUAACUAAACAUUCAUUACAGACCCACGAGUCUUGUGCUGAGGAGGAGCUGAUUCAGACUUUCCUACAAAAACUACUGAUGAUGAACUACAGAGCAAGAUACAUAAAUGUUAAUAAGGCCAGUGAACAUGAUAGAACACAACAAAGACACACAAACUCAUCUGAAGACAUUGGAGAUAUAUUCAAAGUAGUGUCAUUGUCUAAUGAAGGAAAAAGUCAGUUUGAUCUCAUUCACCCGAUGGAUGUUCAGAUGGCCGUCUUUCAUUGUGCUGAUGGUUUCCUGAAGCAGCUGAUAGUCACUAAACUGUCCCAGUGUCAGUACGCUCUGCCUCUGCUUGUUCCUGAUCCAUUCACACAACAGAUUGAGUUUCCUCUCUGGACAUUCAGACAAAUCAACAAGAGCUGGAAGAUGAGAAACAUCAACAAUGAAAUCAUCAGUCAAAACCAGCCGAUCUACAAGGCACAAACUCCAAUGGUGUCUUUCUUCAGGUUUGGCUCUGUGUCUUCAUCCAAGUCUCAGCUGAUGAACAGUCUGAUCAAUGAGAAACACAACACGUUCUUCCACAGGAACUGCCCAGGCAGCAGCAGAACCAGAGUCCUGAUGGAUGGAGUGGUGGAGAUCGCCUGGUUCUGCCCCUCUGGAUCAUAUGAUGAUAAAUUCAAUGACUGUGUUGCGUUCUGUAAUCUACACGGUGAUGUAGGAGACCAUGAGAAACAGCUGGAGAUCCUCACUGAAAUGGCCUCAGUCAAUGUUGUUCUUCUGCCACAGCUGGACAUGAAUGACAGAAGUGCAGAAAAGAUCCAGAACCUGUUCAGAAUCACAAAGCCGCUUAUUUGUCUAUUUACGGAGGAGGAAUCUACUGUAGUGAAGAUGAAGAAAGGGAAAUUCAAGAUUGGUCUGAAAGACAGAAAUCAAUCAGAUGUAUCUGAAGAACUCAGAAGAGUUAUAAAUGAUUGUCUCUCAGAAUCAUCUUCCAUUUUCACACUUAAAGACGUGUCUAAACACUCAGAUAUCAGAGUAGAUGAGGAAAAUGAUGAAGACUGCAGGAGAGGAAGAGAAGCAGCACAGCAGAUGAUGAGUUUACUGGAGAAGAAAGAUCUGACAGAAAUCAAAGAAUCAUUUCUGCCUCAUCAGGGGAAACUGUGGCAUCAGUGGAGUCAGAAGAACAAAGAACUACAUCGACCUCAAGCAGAUAUGUCAGAAAUGGAAAUAAGUAGAAAAAAAACAGAGAUGAAUAACAUCCGUACACAGCAACAUGAAUCUAACAGUGGAGGAUUUAUGAAAUUCUUUAUUGAAGAAAUGACCUCUAAUGAUAAACAUGAUAUGUUUUUUCUUAAAUGGCUCAGAAUUCUCCUGGAUGAAUAUAUCUCAGCUGACCUUUCAGCUCUACACCACAAGUAUAAUGAAAAGUGGUCAACAGUUGUAAAACUAAAAGAGAGUCAUGAUAAAUCUGAGCAACUCAAGACUGAACAAACUGAACUUGAGAAAAUAUCUGAAGAGCUUCAAGCUGCAACCUUUGGUAUGGAGCACAUCAUGAGGGAGAUCGGCCAAAUAUAUGAAUCAUGUUCAUCUGUGAGGAAGAACAAGAAAGAUUUGCAGGUUCACUUCUCUUCUCUCCCGAGUCGUGCAGCGGCGAUGAUGAUCUCUGGAUUUCCACUGGAGCUGAUGGAUGGAGAUGCUGCGCAUGUUCCUCUGAUCUGGAUCUCUGCUGUUCUAGAUGAACUCAUCAAGAAACUGGGAGACCAGAGAGUCUUUGUGCUGUCAGUUUUAGGGAUUCAGAACUCUGGGAAAUCCACCAUGCUGAAUGCCAUGUUUGGACUCCAGUUUGCCGUCAGUGCUGGCAGGUGCACCAGAGGAGCUUUCAUGCAGCUGGUCAAAGUGUCAGAUGAGAUGAAAACACAGUUGAACUUUGACUAUAUUCUGGUUGUUGAUACUGAGGGCCUUCAUGCUCUAGAACUGGCUGGAAAAUCAACAAGAGAUCAUGACAAUGAACUGGCAACAUUUGUUGGUGGUCUUGGAAAUCUAACAUUGAUCAAUAUCUUUGGAGAAAACCCAUCUGAGAUGCAGGACAUUCUUCAGAUUGUUGUUCAGGCCUUCAUGAGGAUGAAGAAGGUCAGACUGAAUCCCAGCUGUGUGUUUGUGCAUCAGAACAUUUCAGAUGUCACAGCUGGAGAGAAAAACAUGGAGGGAAGGAGACGACUGCAGGAGACACUGGAUGAAAUGACAAAACUCACUGAAGACUGUGAUGCAGAAUGUUUCAGUGAUGUCAUUAGAUUUGAUGUUCAGAAAGAUGUGAAGUAUUUUGCUCAGCUCUGGGAGGGCAGCCCACCCAUGGCACCACCAAACCCAAACUACUGCAAGAAUGUACAAGAACUAAAGACAACUAUUAUGUCUCAUGCCUCAAUAUCACAUGGAAUGAUGUUGACAGACUUAAAAGAUCGUGUUAAAGAUCUCUGGGAAGCUUUACUGAAGGAACGAUUUGUCUUCAGCUUCAGAAAUUCUCUGGAGAUUGCAGCCUACAGGAGACUGGAGUCCGAAUACAACAAGUGGUCCUGGAAUCUUCACACUACCAUGAAGGAAACUGAGAACAAACUACACAACAAAAUAGAAAAUAAAGCCAUUCACGAGGUUGAUGAAACUGAUCUUCAAAGAGAACUGAAGAAGACAAGUGAAGAAGUGGAAAAAUCAAUUUUAGAUUUCUUUGAGAAAGAUAAAGAUAAACAUAUACUGAUUCACUGGAAAACAUCAUUUGAAAUCAGAAUCAAUGAGCUUCAGGGAAACAUUGUGGAAGAAACCAAGAGGAAAUUAACUGAGAUUCUUCAGCAGCGACACCUGAAGAAGGAGAUUGAUGAUCAGAGGACACAUCAUGAAAACACUCUCAUUGAAAAGAGCAAAAAGCUUGCCUUAGAACUCAGAAACAAAGCAAAUGAUGAAAAAACACUGAAGAAAGAGUUUGAUUUGUUUUGGGAACAGAGUGUGCAGGAGAUCAUCAGAGACACUCCUGCAAUCAAAGAUAUUGACAUAAUGAAAGAUGUGAGAGAGAUCCUCAGUGACAUCUAUGGAAGUGUUUCUGUCGACCAAUGCAGUAAGAGCGGUGAUAUUUUUUCUGUGUCCAGUUAUUCGGAGUAUGUGAAAAAAUCAAGAGUUACAGAGAAGGAUAAAGCGAUGUUAGAUUACGGUUCUCUAUCUGAAGAGGAUGAAGCUCAAAUAAGAUCAUUAGUCAUAGAUAUUGAUCACCAAACAGCCAAAGAGAUUCAAUCAUUUAACAUUCCAAAGAUGGGCUACAACAUCAGCUGCAUUCAAAAACUCACAGUUACCAUCAAGUCAAGAGUUACAAAACAUGAAGAAGAAUCAGUGAAAUAUGUGUUCAAGAAUGAAUUCUUCAUUGAUUUGGUUUUUUCCAUCUGUAAGAGAGCAAAGAAGAUUAUCACUGACCAACAUGGACUGUUCAGGAAAGCCAAUGAUCCUGUAAUAUAUGUUAAAAAGAAGAGAGAAGAGUACUACAGUAUUUUCGAGAAAAACUGUCAUGGCGCAACAUCAGCUGCCAUUUUUGGUGAGAUCAUCUGUCAGAAACUGAAAGAGCCCAUUGAGCAGAGUGUCUACAAGAAGACUGCCAGAGAUUUGGCAGAUGAAAUGAGAUCAAACUGUGAAUCACUGAAUGGAAACAGAUCCAAUCUGGAGAAACACAUCCUCACAAAACUGGCAAAUGAGGAGAAUUUUGACAAAUACAUGAACUACAUUGAUAAUCCCAGAGAUCACUUCAAGAGCUUCAUCAGAGAUGAAGUCAGUCGGUACAUCACUGAGUUCAGUGUCAGUGUUUUACCCAAGAUGAAGAAGAACAUUGAACUCCUGCAGCAGAAGAUCAUGAAAGCAGCACAUGAAUCUACUGAACAUGUUCAAGUGAACAGAGGAGAUGUUGGUUUGUGGUUGAAGCGUUUCACACAGCAGCUCUCAGAUGUGCUGAUCUUCUCUGAAAAAGACCUCAGUGGAGUGAAUCAUGAUGAUGUUGAUGAUUUCAACCUCCUAGAAGAUGUGAUAAGAAACAAACUUUCUGUUAUAAUGUCUGAUAUCAGCAGAAUUAACAGAGAGACAUUUGAUGAAAAACUGGACCUUAAGGAAAGACCAGAUGAGCUUCUGAUUGAUCACUUCUGUCAGUGCUGUUGGGUUCAGUGUCCAUUCUGUGCAGCCAUCUGCACCAAAACCAUUGAAAACCAUGAUGGAGAUCACAUUGUUCCUUUCCAUCGUGUUAAUGGACUGAAUGGGUGGUUUUAUAGAAGAACAACAAACCUGUCUACUAGCAUCUGCACAUCAGCAGUAGCAAGUGAUAAAUCUUUUUAUCCCAAUGCCUCAGAUGAUAAAGUCCUCUGGAGAGAAUACAGAAAAGCAGGAGGAGUUUUUGCGAAGUGGAGCAUCACACCUGACCUCUCUGAACUGCCCUACUGGAAGUGGUUUGUGUGCAGAUUCCAGAAAGAUCUGGAAAAAUACUACAAGAAAACAUUUGAGGGGAGUGGUGAGAUUCCAGAUGAAUGGAGAAAUCAUAAAAAACAAGAUGCUAUUCAGAGUUUGGAUAAAUGCUUUUGACGGAUCUAAGAAUUCUCAAUAACAACCUCUGUGUCUUUUUAUUUUCUUUGUUUUUGAUAUGAUUUAACUUUUUAAUCACUUAUAAUCAUUAGUCAUUUAUGUAAUUCUCAUUUGACUUAUUUUAUCAUUUAUUAUUCAUAUUAUUUGAUUUACAUCAUUUAAUCAUUUAUUCAUAUUAUUAUUAUCUGAUUUACAUCAUUUAAUCAUUUUAUUAUAAUUAAGUUCUGUCAGUUUAUAUUUGUAUUUUUUAUACUAUACUUAUUUUCUUGCUCUUGCAAUGCUUGCUUUUGCUGUUUAACCUUAAGAUUGUGUGCAAAAAGGGAUGUUUGUCUACAUGAAUGAGUGAUAAGAGAACGUCUCUAUUUCAAGGAGCAAAGAAAUAUUCAAAUGAAGUUUGAGUAUUAAAACAACAAAGUCUGAGCUCUGAAACAUUAUUUCUACCUUUAAAAUUCAUUUAAUUAUGCAUUGCAUUUUAAAGAAUAACAUUGUAGAUUUUUUUGUUUAUUGUUUUUUUUAAUAUUUGCAUUUUAUUAUAUUUUAUGUUUAAAUAUAUCUGUUUUCUGAUAUCUGUUUUCUAUUUCUGAUUAUUUUACUUGUAAAAACUAAAUAAUUGCAUUGUGCUGUUACAUUGCCUACACUU